AUGGACCCAUCGAACUCACCUUCUCUAUACCUUUAUUUAUCUCCACCGACGAUGACCCUACCACUCUCCAAGUCGCCACCAGUGUUCUCCUCACCGGCACCGUCUCCAUCUUCCUCUUUCGCUCCCUCCGUCGCCGUGCAAAGCGCGCCAAAGAACUGGUCUACAAGAACAGAAACUAAAAAGACGUUGAAGGAGGAGACACUUGAGAGUUUGAAAGCAAUGACGCCGGUUGAGGCAAAUGCUCAUCCGUUACCUCUUCAGGCGUUGCUGGGAGGUUUGUCUGCUGGAAUUAUUGCAAUUAUUCUGUAUAAAUUCACCACCACCAUUGAAGCUUCUCUGAAUCGUCAAACCAUUUAUGAUAAAAUCAUCCUCAAUUCUUAA